AUGUCGACCCUGUCACACGAACCUCGGCAGUCCCGGGACACCCUACAAUCCUCCGCACAUCUCGAUCUGCGAGAUGAAAACGCAACCGAUUUCGCCAAGUUCAUUGAAUCCCAAAGCCCCAUCACCGGAUCCACAGGAGCCCGGGAGAUGCUCAAGGCCGGGCAGAGACGGCUCCGACAACUCGCUCAACGUCCGAAAAAGAGUACAGACCCCAGGACGAAGGCCGAAGAGUCAGCGCGGCAAUUGCUUGCCCUUCAGGAAGGAGGCUUCUUGCCGACGAGUGUUCCUGUUCCUGCUGGAGUACCUUCCAAGCGGUCGAGCCACAAGAAAAGUCUGGACUCGAGCCGGUCUUCCUCUCGUUCCAUCUCCAACCUCAGUUUCAUGGCGAACUCUAGAAGGGAUGUAGAGAGCAUUGGGCAGCCGUGGCUCACGGAUCCGCUCGAAAAGAAGGACAGACCGGAGGUUAGCACAAAUCAUUUGUCUGCGCUGGAUCUACGGGAGCUGACAUCUUUGGUGGAGGCUGCGGUAACCACCCCCCCGCACUUCGAUGACGCGAAUCCCCCGCCGUACCAGCCACCCACGCCGGCAAAGGAUGUCAAAGUGGACGCACAGUGCGAUAGCCAGGACCCUGCUGUUGCUGUUACUGUUACUGUCGCCGACACCACAUCCGGAUCUAAGGAGAAACAGUCGCUCGAACCCAGCGACGCGGCGAACCCCAGCAUUCAAGUCGACAGCAGUGAAGAGAAAAUACCCGACACAAGGUCUCCGGAUGAUGUAUCAAAAGAUGGAAGGGCGUCAGACAAAGACCAGGUGGGUAAUCUCUCGGGAGUCCAAAAUACUUGCAAGUCUAACAUUUUGCAGUCUGGUCUCAAGACAGAUUCAGGUCUCGCAAUCGACCCAGAAGCAGUUAACAAGCCUGCUACGAGCUCGUCUGGAAGCUCUUCAACAUCGACAAGCCAAACCACUCCGUCUCUGAAGCUUUUCCCUGACACAAUGCCCCCGCGCAAUUCGAGUAAAGGGGCCUGGCGCAUCUCCAAUGCUCGCUCGCUCGCUCUCAACAGACCUCUCCCUGCGAGCCCCGAUCCGGAGCAAAGUAGCAUGGAUUCAAAUAAAGAAUGUCCCCAACCGAUCGAUAGCACCACGGUCAAAGAGGACUGCGGUGCUCAGGAGGUAUCUGAGCCGAUACGAUCUACUUCUUCUGAUGUUGGGAAAUCGGACAAGGAGCCCUUGGCAAGCGUGGCGAGCGAAAAUAAUUCGCAGAAGAAAGGAUCCCGCCGACCUUCAUCCCUGCCAAUGUGCACAAUCGAUGCGUUCCCUCUGCCAGCACCCAUGAGACCCCUGCCUUCGCUGCCAGAAUCAACUGCAGCAAGUGGUGCUCAUAGUCGCAGCACCUCCAGGUCUGCGCCUCUUGCGAGACUAGUGUUGGAUGAGAGAAACCAGGCCUCUAAUGCGCAUGAUGAGUCAACCCUUGGCACACCGGCUAACACUCUUCCCUUGGUACGGGCAGGUCAGAGUCGGGCCGAACGAGUUCAUGCGUUGAAGAUGAGAGACAUGUCGGCGAGCCGUCUUUAUCUUAAGGACUCGGAGACUCCUCGCGAGGAAGAAGAGGAU